AGCCCCUUGCCUUGGAACAUCAAGAUAGACGAUGACAAGGUCCAGGCAGAUGGAUGUGUGUACAUCACCCUAGAGGGCAAUGAGACCAAUGAGUUUGCCGGCUUCAUGGUUCAGACUAGGAAUGAAUCCAACAUCCCUGUGGGCAAAUUUAGGCCUGCGAAUGAUGUUAAGCUGAUAUCAUGCUUCGGUGUGGAGAAGAACACUGCAAUAAACAUAAACUACCUCCCUAAAGAAGAGGUGAUUAUCAGAUGGUUUCCAGAAGAAAAGGACCAAGGUCAUACAGUGAGAGUUGUAGCCACGAUUGCAAGGGAUUACCUUGAAAAAGAGUAUUGGCUCAAACAUGAAUCUGUUCCAAUAAAAAUCCUGCCACCAAAGUAUCCAUUAUUUGUAGAUAGAUAAUAAAAUGUUGCUCAAAACA